UCUGUCAGCGAAAGCGCAUGCGCAUUGACGUCACUUCCUUUUUAACUCGCUCUGCUCAACAUGGCGCCGAAGAGACAGCAGCCUGCAGGGAAGAAGAGCAGGAAAGGAGCUGCGUGGAAGUUCACGCUGGACUGCACGCACCCCGUGGAGGACGGCAUCCUCGACUCGGCCAACUUUGAGACGUUCCUCAGAGAGAAGGUGAAGGUUAACGGUAAAACUGGAAACCUGGGUAGCGUGGUGCAGAUCGCUCGGCAGAGGAACAAGAUCAGCGUCUCAUCAGAAAAACAGUUCUCCAAGAGGUAUCUGAAAUAUCUCACGAAGAAAUACCUGAAGAAGAAUAACCUGCGAGACUGGCUGCGUGUGGUGGCGUCCGAUAAAGAGACCUACGAGCUCAGAUACUUCCAGAUCAGCCAGGACGACGAGUCCGAGACGGACGAGUGAAGCGAGAGGAGGAUGAUCCUCAUCUCAUCCUUUAUAUCGAGUUCGAUGAUUAUUUGUUAAUAAAUGGACGAUUUACACUAAA